AAAUCAAUAUCGGUAUAUCGGUAAAGUAGGUGGCGACAUUGCCAGACUCUUUUUGUAUUGGUUUUUGAGAAGGCAGUGACUUUCCUUUGAUUUUCCGUGUUAAAAACAAAAUGCCAGAAAUGACGGAGGUAGAAAAGCCAGUAGUACCGGAAACUAAACCCGAACAGAGUGCUUCUUCAACUGAUAGCGAUUCAGAAGAAGAAAUUCCGGAGCUGGAAGAUGCUUCCACUACUGGUGGAGCUCCUUUUCCUUCUAGCGCUGCCGCAGCCGGCUUGCCCAUAGAUAUGGUCUCGAAGGCUAAACAAUCACGAGGGGAGAAAAAAGCCAGAAAGAUUAUGUCAAAGUUGGGACUUAAACCAGUUACGGGAGUGAACAGGGUGACCAUUCGUAAAUCAAAGAAUAUUUUAUUCGUCAUAAAUAAACCAGAUGUAUAUAAGAAUCCAGUUAGUGACACCUACAUUGUCUUUGGUGAAGCUAAAAUUGAAGAUCUGUCACAACAGGCACAAGUUGCUGCUGCUGAGAAAUUCAAGGAAGUUAACCCUGCUGGAGAAGGGGCUUCUGGUAAUCCUACAACAUCUGUCGCACCAAUUGCUGAAGAAUCUGAAGAUGAAGAAGUUGAUGAAACUGGUGUCGAAGAAAAAGAUGUUGAGUUAGUAAUGUCACAAGCCAAUGUUAGUCGAGCAAAGGCUAUAAAGGCUCUCAAGAACAACCUAAAUGACAUAGUUAAUGCAAUUAUGGAACUUACUAUGUGAUGAGUUUGAUGGAGGGUAUUAAACAGGUUAUAUUAUUUACUUUUUUCAUUUUAAAUAAGCACUGUUUGUCAGGUGUAAAUAAUAAAAUGCAGUUGUGCUAGUUUGAAA